AUGGUGCUCAAUAGUCGGUCAUCGAUCGGACACAAUUUAAUGUGCAUUUUUUAUCAUGAUCCCAAACUGCCAGCACACUAUCAACGCUUAAUGAAAUUACGUCUCGAUGAGACAUUUUAUUACACGUGUACGUUUACUGAUCCCCGUAACCUUACAGCCUAUGUCAGGCAUGGAUUCAUUGUGAAUAGGCUAGUUCUUAUUAUUAGUGGUGAAAAAGCUCAGUUUUUAUGCGACAUCAUGGGAAAAUCUAAGCGAAUUCCUCAUAAUUCAUUCCUAUAUGAAUUUCAAUUUGACAAAAAUAAAUUAAAAUCAGAAUUAUCUGCAGAUAAAAAAUUUCAUUCUAUCGAUGAAUUAUUUAAAAAAAUUACUGAUGAUGUUAAACAGUUUACUAACAAGGAGAAUCAAUAUCCUCAGAUGGUUGUUGACAAUGAUGAAACAAUCCUUCAACAAUCAACGCUAUCAUUCGGUAUUCAUGAAAAACCUAAAAAUCAGCAGUCAUUUUCCUACUUGAGUACACAAGCAUUGAAAUUCAUCUUAUUUCAAUCGUUUAUUGAAGUACUCUUGGGAAUUCCAAUUGACAAAGACGCCAUUAUACAUAUGUGGGCGAGAUGUCGUGGAGAUACAGCCAAUCAGGACAAUGAUAAUUAUCUGAAACAAGUCGAUGAAUUUGAAGACACAUACAGCUCAACAGACGCUAUUCGAUUUUAUAGCAAAGACUCAUUUCUUUUUCGAAGCGUUAAUAAGGCAUUACGAUGCGAAAAUAUUGAGAGAAUUUUCACAUUUCAUCCAUUCAUAAGCCACUUACAUCAACAACUACUUAAACUAGGCAGUGAGCAGAGAUGUACGGGAAAUUGUUUACAAACUGUAUUACAUCGAGGUAAAAAAUUACCAGCAAGUGUUUUACAACAAUUACAGGAUAACACGAAUAAUCUCAUAUCGAUUAACAGUUUUCUUUCCACGACAAAGAAUGAUAAUGUGGCCAAUAUGUUCGCUGACAAUGUCAAUAUGAGAAGUGGCUAUGAAACGGUCAUACUUGAAAUGCAUCUUGAUGAUACCAGGUUGGAAAAAAUGAUGCAAAUGAAACGACCAUGUGCAGACAUAACGAAUCAGUGUGAAAAUCCGGAUGAAGAAGAAGUACUCUUCUUUAUGGGAUUUGUUUGGUGCAUUAAAUCAGUGAAUCAAGCGCCCGAAAAUCACUGGAAAGUCGAACUAGAAUUAUCUACUGAUAUGAAUGUGCACAUGGCCAAUAACUUCAAUGAAUUAAAAGGUGAAUGUACAUACUUCACUUUGGGCAAAAUCUUACAUGAGCUUGGUGAAUAUACUGAUGCCAUUAAUUUUUAUGAACGAAUGCUUGAAUCAGCGUCAAAUCUUUCGUCGAAAACUCGUGCUGAAAUUCACUUUCACAUUGGUAUAUCAGCGUUUGCGAAUAACUUGUAUAAAUUUGCAAUCGACAAUCUUAGGGAAGCAGAACAACUCAUGGAAAAAGCAGCAAGACCAAGUGAUGGAAUAUCAACUACUUUUCGACCCGCCUAUGCAGAGGAUAAUGAACUUACCCCAAUGCGUAUUUUAACCAAUAUUGGUCUAGUUUAUCAAAAGAUGAACAACGAAACUAAUGCGUACGAUUCAUUUGACAAAGCUCUUAAGCGAGAUGGUUCAACCAUCGACAAGGCCAAACUAUGCUACUCUAUUGGUGUCCUACAAUUUGAAUGUCGCAAAUAUGAAGAUGCACGCUUUUAUUACCAUCAAGCUUAUGAUUUAGCUGAAGACGAAGAAUUGAAGAUAGAAAUCAAUCAAAGAUUGGAUAAAUUAGAGAACACAGCCGUGAACACGUGA